AUGCGACCGUUGGACAAACAGAGCAACCCCCCGAACAAAGCAUUUAUUUCUACAAGUGCAGCGUUUAAUAGACCUAACCGAGCACCCUUAACUCCCAAGCUAGCGGGGUACAAUCCUCCCCAUCUCACCCAUAAAUUCCAACAUGCCGAUACUCCCAGUCCCCACGUUACUCGCGUUGCAGAUAACCCACCAACUCCUCCAGCCCUAAAUGCAAACAUCACACCUCGCUCUGGGCCAAGAAACCUCCGAAGAGAUGGUGUUUCUUCCUCUUCACCCUUGGUGACACCGCCCAACGUGCAACAUGCGCGUUUAUCUCAAACUUCCAGACCAUACCCCGCCGACUCAAGUCUAGGCCUUCGUGACAACAAUGCCCAAACUCCACGUUUAUCAAGACCUAAGAAUAUAAUAAAUGGUACCCCACAUAACAGGCCUGUUUCCAACCCUGCGCCGCCAGGGAGUACUUCCCCUGGGAACCCUAUGUUCUUUCGCGCAGCCGACGCCCAGUUAUCGACGUCAUCGUAUGAUGCAGAUAACAAAGGGACUCAUGCACAACCAAAUACUCAAAAGUUUAUAUACGCGAAUGGGGUGACUGACGUACGUACUUCAAGCAGCAUAUCGCAGAACUCGGUCCUCGCGAAGACCAAAGUGCAGAACACGGGACUUCCUUCUACGGCUGCUCGGUCUCCAGUAGUAUCACCAAGAUUACAAAAUGCACAACCCCUACCACCUUCACCCAGGAUUCCUGUAUUCUCCGGUCGGGGCUCUAACCGAUCAAGCCUUCAGUCAACUCACCCUCAGGAGCCCACCAUACCCCACGCUUCUCGGCCGCCCCCAACGCUUGCUGAUGCUCGACGGCCUUCGCACAUAAAAUCACCUAGUGUAGAUGGAUCUCAGUGCUUUCGUCAAGCCCGGCCUCCUUUCUCGAGCCCUCCUAGCUAUCCUGGGUUCCUUUCAGCCGAACAGAGCGGUGCUAGUUCUCCAAAUCAAAGCCCAAUUCCAAGUAGCAACCGCUCUUCCUCAUCCGGGGAUAUUCCGCAGCCUCUCCCACGGAUUGGCAGCCCUUCGAAGGAAGAUUUGGUUAAUAACCAGCCAAGACCUACCGAACUGGCAUCCAACGCGCGCACAGAACGGAAGGUGUUGGACCUGGAAAUCAGCAACUCCUCGUUGCUGGCUAUCAACCGUGCUUUAGAAAGGGAAAUGAGGAAGCAGAAUGCGGAAUUGCGGCGAUAUCGUAGGCUAAGCCGUAGUGGCCGACUGUCUAUGACCUCCUCUCGUCGUUCCAUUUCCGGAGGCAUGCUUUCCGUUGUAAGUGAAACGGACGGUGCAGCUAGCGAAGAAUCUUAUAUCGCACCGAAUAAUAUGAUUUCAGACUCCGAGGAUGAUUUUGGCUCCUCUGACGACGAAAACGCGAGUGCUUUUGAUGGCACCGAAAAAAACGAAGAUGAGCGAGCCUGGAACGAGAACAAAAUUUUUGCCGAUUUGGCUCAACACCAGCAACUCCUCAUUGAUAGCCAAAAGCUGAACCAUAGCCUACGACGUUGCCUUGGGCGGACAGAGAGUCUGAUAUUAGAAGGCAAAAAGGCUCUAGAGUAUAAAGUCCUAGUCAGUGACAUUGAUAUUGGAGGGAGAGUUCUCGCCCCAGAUGACCUUGAUGCAGAGUGGGACGGUGGAAGAGGGCUGCUCAGUCCGUCUAUGGAGAUACCGAACUUUUCUGAAGAUCAGUCAUUUCUCGAUGAUGCUAUUUUGGCGGAUCUACCCUUGUCAGACAAUGGGAGUGAACCAGGAACAUUUAACAGCCAUGAUAUUCCAAAUAGCUGA